AUGGAGGUGAAUGAAGGAGGGAAAAGGCCAUCUGUAACGUAUUCAAAGUCCAUACCCGCUCAAAAUAGCGAGAGAAAGAGAGGGAACCGCGGCAAUCAUUCGCCGCAACUUGCAAAUCAAAAUAAGCCAAACGAUGAAGAAAGCAGUAUAGAUAGGAAGAAACAGAAAAUGAACACGGAAGACAGAUCUCCUGAAAAAACCCCUGGAAAUGCGAAAAAGUCACCAGAGGGAUCACCGCCAAGCGAAGAAAAAUGUGAACAAGCCAUGGAACAGGAAAAGGAGAAAGAACAACCAGAGAAGAACAGCCAAGAAGAAUUCAAACAAGAAGAGCAACAUGACAGCAAACGAGCAAAAUCACAAGGAAAAAAAGCAGGAAAUAUCGAAGAAAACAACGAUGCUGAUCCUCCUCAAGCUGAGCAGGGAAAGACAGAGAACGAGGGUAAACCGAGACCGCUGCCCGAACCGGGAACAGAAACGACGCCUGAGGCGGAAGCACAAAAACAAAAAGAGGACGAGGAACAAACAGCUAACACGAGGGCUGUUCAAAGCGGGGCCAAGAAAGCUGAGGAAAAAAGUGAUUUUAAAGAUGGCCCAUCAGAAGGAUCGAGACCACCGCAAACGUCGGAGGGAAACAAGACGAAAUUACAAAUUGUGAUAACAUCUAAGCAGACGGCCCCUCAACUGCGUGAUGCCAAGAAAGCUGGCUCUUCCCAAACCGGAUCCAUAAAGUCACCAACGGGAUCACUGCCUGGCGAAGACGUAAACAAAUUAACAACUAAUGACGAACAAUCAGAAGAAAACGCAGAGGAAGCCAUGAAAGAGCAAGAGGAGAGGGAACGGCAAGAGAAGAAGAACCAAGAAGAAGUCAGACGUGACGAGCAACAUGACAAAGAGAAAGGAAAAUCACAAGGAAAAAAAGGUGAAAUUCUCGAAAAAGACAAGGAAGCUGGUUCUUCUCAAGUUGAGCAAGAAAAGGAAGAGAAGAAGAGUAAACCGAGGCCGCUACCAAAAAUGGGGAAAGAAGCGACACCUGGAGCGAAAACACAAAAGAAAGAGCAAGAUAAAGAAACAGCUAAGAAGGGGGCUGCCCAGAGCGGGGCUAAGAAAGCUGGCACUUCCCAAACCGUAUCCACAAAGUCACCAACGGGAUCACUGCCAGGCGAAGACGUAAACAAAUUAACAACUUAUGACGAACAACCAGAAGAAAACUCAGAGGAAGCCAUGAAAGAGCAAGAGGAGAGGGAACGGCAAGAGAAGAAGAACCAAGAAGAAGUCAGACGUGACGAGCAACAUGACAAAGAGAAAGGAAAAUCACAAGGAAAAAAAGGUGAAAUUCUCGAAAAAGACAAGGAAGCUGGUUCUUCUCAAGUUGAUCAAGAAAAGGAGGUAAAAAAGAGUAAACUGAAGCCGCUACCAAAACUGGGGAAAGAAGCGAAACCUGGAGCGAAAGCACAAAAGAAAAAAGAGCAAGAUAAAGAAACAGCUAAGAAGGGGGCUCCCCAGAGCGAGGCUAAGAAAGCUGGCACUUCCCAAACCGGAUCCACAAAGGGUACAAAAAGCAAAAAUAAACUGCGAUGA